CUAACACCCAGUGAGUGCAUCAUGAACAUGUCACGAUCAUUCCUCGUCGAUUCCCUCAUCAGCAACACCCCCAAAGACAUGAACGCAAGAUAUUUGCCUCCGAGUUUAAGUGACACAAGACCAAUGCUGCCUUAUCCACAAAACUACAUCAACAGUUACCUGUUCUCCUUAAGUCUGGCACAGAACAACCAACUCUUCACCCACCACAAAGCUCCAAUACGACCAGUUGCUUUACCACCGAAACGUGAAAUUCCCUCGCCAAAGCGCUCGUCUCCAAUCCUCGCGGAAAAAGUGAGUGUUUCACCAACAACACCUCCAACGCCGAGUCCGCCUCCAGAGGAACGGCUCACUCCCAGCAAGGACGCUUCCAGUAAGAGGAUUAGAACGGCGUUCACCAGCACACAACUGUUGGAACUCGAGCGAGAGUUUGCAUCAAAUAUGUAUUUGUCGCGUUUGAGGCGAAUCGAAAUUGCCACAUGUUUGCGGUUAAGUGAAAAACAAGUUAAAAUUUGGUUCCAAAAUAGAAGAGUUAAGUACAAGAAGGAGGAUCUACCGGCAGCUGCAGGGAAGGCAAGCAAUGGCAACAAAUGCUGUUGUUUGAGGACGUGCAGCUCGGCGAAAAGACCCAAGUUUGAAAACAGUUCCUGUGAUGAAGAUAUUGAUGUGACCAAUAUUGAUGACGACCAUUGUCAUUAGAUUUUUUGGUGAAUUUUUACAAAUAUUUUUCUAGAAUUUUUUACCUUAUAAUGUAAAUAUAAUGUGUAGAUUUUAUUGAAUGCCAAAGUUUAUUAAUAAAUUAUUUUUUAAUAAA